AUGCAUGGACUGGUGGGUCUCUGGGCCAUUCCUCCAUCUUGUUCAGACCGCUACAUGAACGUCGCGUUGGGCAUCUUUAAGAAGGGUGUCCCGCUCAUCAGCAAUGCCCAACUAUUCAUCCUCAAUUUUCUGAUCCUAGAGAUUGUCGUCGUCUCUUAUUACAAUAAAUCGGCUACUCUAAAUGGAAACAGUGUUGUAUCCAAGUAA